AUGGGCACUCACAGCAUUAUCGGAUGGGAUGACGAGACGAUGACGAUAACCGAUUCGCUUCUUGGAGAGACGAUCGGCCAGCUGCCGAUGCUGCAUAUGAAACCUGAAAUGGAUUUUGAACCGAACCCUAAUGACUACAUCGCGCCUCUUUACAAGACGAUAGAAAGAGCCGGAGUUUUGUCGACGACAGGUAAGUUCUUUAUGCUCAUUUAA